AUGGAGUCGCUCUCUCGAAUUUCCUCAAUUCUUGAAACAGCGCGGGACUUAACCCUCGAGGCAGCACAAGCAGCAUCCGCCUCCGGCAGGACCAUCCAUAAAGAUGGGAGACAGGGAACGUCGGCAGAGACGAAGAAGCUGUUGAAUAGCAGAAUGGACAAAGAAGUUCUGGAUGGGCUGCGGAGGGUUAUAGGUAUGAUGUCCAGAGGGAUAGACUGCUCUGAAUUCUUCGCGGACGUAGUCAAGAACGUCGCUUCUCCGGUUCUAGAGAUUAAGAAACUAGUAUACAUCUACCUGCUCCGGUACGCCGAGUCCGAGCCAGAUUUAGCCCUGCUAUCAAUAAACACUAUCCAAAAAGCUCUCAACGACCAGAAUCAGCUAGUGAGAGCUAUGGCCAUGCGCGUCAUGUCCGGAAUUCGUGUCCCCGUGAUUUCCCAGAUCGUAGCGUUAGGCGUAAAGCGCUGCGUGGCGGAUAUGUCGGCCUACGUGCGCAAGUCCGCAGCGUUGGCGAUUCCGAAAUGCUAUAGGUUGGAUCCUACUACUUUGCCGCAAUUGACGGAGUCCCUGAGUACACUGUUGGGGGAUCGGAGCUUCUACGUUGUCGGUGCGGCGGUGAUGGCGUAUCUGGAGGUGUGCCCACACGAGUGGGGAUUGGUGCAUCCGCAUUAUAGGUCUUUGGUGAAGAUGUUGAUUGAUAUGGAUGAGUGGGGUCAGUUAGCGGUGCUACGGCUUUUGACCGAGUACUCGAGGAGGCAUUUCCCUGCGAAGAGUACGAAGAAGAAAGUCAAGGGUUGGGAUUCCGGAGGCGCUGGGGGUUUCUAUUCCGAUGAGGAGGUGGAGGGGGAUGCUGGAGGGAAAGUGAUUGAGGUGGUUACCGUGAUGGAUCCGGAUUUGGAGCUGCUGUUGAAGGCCUGUGUGCCUUUAACGCAGAGUAGGAAUAGUGCGGUUAUCGUGGCCGCGGCUAGGGUAUACCGACACCUAGCACCACCAAGUUGCUUGUCGACCAUUGCUGGUCCCUUAGUCAGUCUUCUAAGGGGCGCGGUUGACGUGCAGCACAUGGCUCUCGUAAACAUAGUUUCCAUCUCUCUGGAGCAUCCCCAACCAUUCACCCAAUUCGCGACGCAUUUCCUUGUACACGCCUCGGAUCCAGCUCAUAUCUGGCGCCUAAAGCUCGAAGUCCUUACACUCAUAUUUCCACAUACAAAUGUCCAUACAAAGAACCUAAUACUCUCUGAGCUGGAGUACUUUGCCAAAGGCUACGAUAAAGAGUUAGUAAAAGAAGCUGUUAGGGCAAUUGGCCGAUGUGCACAGAGUCAGACAAAGAAUGCGGCGAGAUGUCUACGGUUGCUGCUUCGCCAAGUUGAGUCCUCUGAUGGAACUCUGGUGGCGGAGUCGUUAACCGUAAUACGGCAUAUCAUUCAACAAGACCCCCGAAACCACGCGAAAACAGUAGUUCGGCUGGCAAAGGCACUGGAUACAGCAACUAAUCCAAGUGCCAGGGCAAGCAUAGUGUGGCUGGUAGGAGAGUUCGCCGGGAUCAACGAUGGGAAUAACGUUGCUGCCGACACACUCCGGAUACUAGCAAAAGGCUUCCACUCCGAGUCUGAACAAGCAAAGCUACAGAUCGUACUCCUGGCCGCAAAAGUCUACGCCCACCACCUAAACUACACUCAACCCGCAGUUCCUACAGAAGAAGGCCCAGGUGAUGAGGACAAACACCCCAUCUCGCUCUUAUUCUCUUACAUCCUCCUCCUUGCCAGAUACGACCUAUCCUACGACCUCCGCGAUCGAGCAAGACUCUACAAAUCCAUACUCUCCGUCCCUUCAUCCACACAACUUGCAACUCUCCUCCUCCUAGCGCCCAAACCGACUCCCCAAGCACCAAGCCCUUCCUCGGGAAGAGAGUCAUUCACGCUCGGCUCCGCAGCAAUGGUCGUAGGCAAAGACGAGGACAUCCGCGGCUACGAGGCGCUACCAGAAUGGACCACCCCAAGUAGAGCACCGAGCCCCAGUCUGCGCGAACCUCCCCCUUUAGCAACCCCAAGUAUUGAUACACACAGAGGAGGUGCUGUGUCUAUGCCGGCUGCUAGGGUGGCAGGAGUCCGGAGUGCCAGUCCACGGAUAAGAAGUCCGCAUGUAGGAAGCCCCGGGGUUGGGAGUUCAGCACUGCCACCGACCGCGAAGGCGAAUGGGGUACCGGAGAGCUUGGAGGACUUUUUGGCGAGUGAGGAAGAGGAGGAAAGCGAUGAUGAUGAUGAUGAUGAUGAUGAUGUUGUUGUUGAUGAUGAGGAGGAGGUGGUGGAGGAGGAGGAGGAAAGUGAAGAGGAAGAGAGUGAGGAGGAAGAAAGCGAAGGAGAGGGUGCGGGGGAGAGUGCAGGGCUUCUGGGGGCUAAGUAAACACUGUAAAGUAUAUAAAUAGCUCAAUAAUUACUCUUGGGGGUGUUUUUUGUUACUGUAUUUUGAGCACGAUAGUAUAGACAGUGUACAUUUCUAAUGUCAUUCUAAGGGUGAUAAUUGA